AUUUAUGCUGAGACAGUGUUCUGUCAAAUGUUGCAUUCACGUGAUUGUCCUACCCUUCUAACUGUUCCCAUACGCAGGCUUCUCAUGCGGAGGGCUCUCAUGAAGCUCGCUGCUCGCGUGCCGUUUAGAGGGGUGGUUCCUGCAGACACCCUGCAUGGGAGUUACCUUGUCUUCCAAGUCUGCAUUCGCUAACUGAAAAAAAUGGGAGGAUAAAACUGUUACAGUGUACGUUGAGAAAUAAUGAAAAUGUUUUAAAAGUGCAUUAAGCACAUGUAAAUAUGUUUUGGUAUUGACCUUAACAUAAGAGAAAGAAUUAAAAAUGGAAAUUUAUUAGUGAGCAGGAUGACAUUUUUAGGAGAUUACAAAGCAAUACACAUUUUCAGGAUGUGAAUAAGAAAAAAUAAAAUAAGGAUGGAAAGGUUAUGUUGUGGAGGUCAAAUAAUGUCAGUCAAAAACACAGGAACUGGAAAAGGGUACUCUGUGAAAGUGUAGUUCCAAGGAAAAUACGAAAAUUCUUUGGAGGAGAAACAAGUUCUGAGGAAAGAACAGAUUGAUAGAUGAAUAGAUACUGAUAUAUAGCAGUAACUCCUGGCAUUAUCUGACUCUGCUUUUCAGAAAUAGUUUAGGAAGUCUGAAGUGGAUGUUACCAGGUCCUGCUCCGUCACCGAACAGGCAUUUCCUUGGGCUGAUCUACACGUGUCUGACUGGGGGAUCCUUUUCCUUCACUCGACUUCUCCUUUCCUUUUUCCGGUUGGGAAAUCUCAUGUGAUUGGCAGAGUUGAUAUUCUGAGUGUGGAUUAAAAAGAUUUUCCUCGUGAGUACUUGGAGUGUGUGAGUGAAAACCCAGGAGAAGACACUUGUUGGCUGAGCUAAUACAAUGCAGUCACGGGAAUCCAUGACCUUCGAGGAUGUGGUUGUAGACUUCACACAGGAAGAGUGGACCUUGCUGGACAUAUCCCAGAGGAAGCUGUACAGAGACGUGAUGCUAGAGAAUAUUAGUCAUCUGGUCUCUAUUGGCAAACAGUUCUGCACAUCAGGUGUGCUUUCCCAUUUGGAGCCAAGAGAGGAACUUGCAAGAGAAGGAAUAAAUGUUCUGCAAGGCCAGAAUCCAGUUAUUUCAGGUAGAGAAGGUGACUUUAAACAAGAAAUGACAUCCAUACAAUAUAUCUAUCAGAAGGACACAUCCACCAUCAGCACAAUGAAGCAGAGACUUCAUACUCAAGAGGAUCCUUUUGAAUGUAAUAAUUUGAGAGAAGAUUUCAUUGAUCAUAUAGCAUUGACUCAAAAUAUGAUGAGCCACAUGGGAAAGAAACACUGUGUAAGCAAAAAAUUUGGGAAAUCCCUCAGUGACUGGUUAUCCUUUAAUCAAUAUAAGGAAAUUCACACUAGAUGUAAAUCGUAUGAAAGUCAUCUAUGUGGUUAUACCUUUAAUCAGAGCUCUUCCCGUAGACAACACAGUAAGACUCACACUGGAGAGAUAACAUUUGAAUGUGAUGUGUGUGGUAAAACCUUCAGUAAAAGUUCUAAUCUUAGACGACAUGAGAUGAUUCACACUGGAGAGAAACCACAUGGAUGUCAUCUGUGUGGGAAAGCCUUUACUCAUUGCUCUGACCUUAGAAAACAUGAGAGAACACACACUGGAGAGAAACCAUAUGGAUGUCAUUUAUGUGGGAAAGCCUUUAGUAAAAGUUCUAACCUUAGGCGACAUGAGAUAAUUCAUACUAGAGAGAAAGCACAUGGAUGUCAUCUAUGUGGGAAAGCCUUCACUCAUUGCUCUGAUCUUAGAAAACAUGAGAGAACUCACUUUGGAGAGAAACCCUAUGGAUGUCAUCUAUGUGGGAAGGCCUUCAGUAAAGGUUCUUACCUUAGACAACAUGAGAGAACUCACAAUGGGGAGAAGCCAUAUGAAUGUCAUCUAUGUGGAAAAGCCUUCUCUCAUUGUUCUCACCUUAGACAACAUGAGAGAACUCACAAUGGAGAGAAACCGCAUGGAUGUCAUCUAUGUGGAAAAGCCUUCACUGAGUCUUCUGUGCUUAAACGACAUGAGAGAACUCACACUGGAGAGAAGCCUUAUGAAUGUCAUGUAUGUGGGAAAGCGUUCACUGAAUCUUCUGACCUUAGACGACAUGAGAGAACUCACACUGGAGAGAAACCAUAUGAAUGCCAUUUAUGUGGAAAAGCCUUCAAUCACUCUUCUGUCCUUAGACGACACGAAAGAACUCACACUGGAGAGAAACCAUAUGAAUGCAAUAUAUGUGGUAAAGCCUUCAAUAGGAGUUAUAACUUUAGACUUCAUAAGAGGGUUCACACUGGAGAGAAGCCAUAUGUAUGUCCUAUAUGUGGGAAAGCUUUUAGUAAAUGUUUUAACCUUAGACAACAUGAGAGAACUCACACAAAGAAUGUAAUAAAUGUGUAAGAUUCUUCAGUCAUAGCUUCAACCCCUAAAUACACCAGAGGACUAACACAUUGAAGAAACAUUAUGUUUAUAAUCAGUGUAGAAAAACUUUUAUUUAUCAUUACUACACUCAACCUAAAUUAACUCAAAAUGGCUAGAAUCCAUAUGUAUUUUGUCUAUAUGGCACAAACUUUAGAUGCUAGACUGCCCGUAUACAAUAUGAGAGAAUCAAAGUAUAACUGAAUAUGGAACAAUCUUAAUCCACAGUAAUAACUGUUAAACAAAAGGGAGAAGUCACACAAGAGAUUCUAUGCAUGUUAUCAAUGUGAAAAUCCCUUAAUUUAUAAUUUAUCCUUUAAACGAGUGAGUAAAAUCCACAGGAGACAAUCCCUAUGUCUGUAAUUUCUAUGCAUCAUCAUCUUACUAAUCACCACUUUUGGUGUGGAGAAGAAGUCAGCAUAGUAUAACUAAUAAAACAGGAAAUAAGUGAAAAUAUUUUAUCCUAGGUGGAUUAGGGCUCUUGAACAAGUCAGAUAUACUUAGUGGAGAAGUUACCCAAUGAAAAAUCAUGAGAACUUUUUUUAUUAAUAGAGUAACAUUUGUAGGAUAGGUCUGGAUUCAUGUGAUAUAAAACACUCUAAAUGUCAUGAGUGAGGGAAAGUCAUCAGUUAGUUACUCAUUCCUUAAUCAAUGCCAACGUUUUUCCACUGAGGAGAAAACAAUCUUUACAGAAAAAUGGAAAUAGCUUCAGACAGAUUUCUUGUCUGAAAAGUCAGACUGGGAAGAAAAUUCUAAAAAGCCAUUGAGCAUACACUUGAGCAAAAAAUUCAGAAUUUUGGACAGACUUGUUAUUGAAAAUAUGUAGGAUAAAAUAUACAAUUCUGAAGUGACCUGGGAAUAUUGAACACAGAACUAAGUAAUAAGAAAUGAGAUUAAAUUUGAUUACUACUGGUAAAAAUGCAAGUAGUAAGUAUUGUUGCUAAAUAAUCUAAUAUUUUGGUCAAACUCUAGGUUUUUUAUUAAGUUUUAAACACAUACAUUUGUGUCAAUGGAACUAAUACUUGUAGAUCACAAAAUCAUAUGUCCUAACUUUAAUAUUAGUGGUAUAUAUGUACAUGGCAAUGAUGAAAUCAAACAUGGAUUAUUAAACAGUAACUUUAUAAGUUAAGUCUCAUGGUACAUGAAUUUGCCUCUUAUUUUUAAACCAGGUUACUGAAGUGUAAUGGACACACAUGGCUGUGCAAAUUUAGCAUGUACAACUUAAUGAGUUUAGAGAUAAAUGUACAGCCAUGAAGCCAUCACCACUAUCCAUGCCACAAAUAUAUUCAUCCCCUUUAGAAGUUUCCUUCUGCCCUAUAUUAUCAUUGUUUUCUCACUCCUUAGCAAAUUUUUAAGUAUGUAAUACAGUACUAUUGACUAUAGGCACUAUGUUGUAAAAUUUAAUAUUGUAAAAAAAUUAAAAUUAGAAAUGAA